UCUCUCUCUCUCUCUCUCUCUCUCCCCUGCACAGCGCAGGUUUGUUCCAGUGGAAAUAUUCGUGUUUCAAUGCAUCGCUGAAGAUUCUGUUCUGGAUAUUUUCUGCAUCACUUUUGCCUGUGUUAUUUGUAAACAUGAAAGUUUGGGUCAGUCUGUUCGUGUUCAUGUUCGUCUGGUUCGCAGAGAGCGCUCAGAAACAAGAUGUACCGGUUAUAGACGUGUUGAGUUUGGAGGAUGUGAAGCAGACCGUGGCUGCGGUGGAGAAGAUUUCGUUAGCUCUGAAGACUCUCAGUGAUGUGUAUGUGAUGUCUUCCUUCCGUCUGCCUUCGAAACUGGGUGGAGUUCUGCUGGGCCUCUACAACAAGCAGGAUAACAAGAAAUACCUGGAGGUUGCCAUCAUGAGCAAGAUCAACAAAGUUCUGGUCCGGUAUGUUCGUGAAGAUGGGAAGCUGCACACAGUAAACAUGCAAAGCCCAAAUCUGGCAGACGGACGGACUCAGUCUAUUAUUCUCCGUGUCGGUGGCCUGCGCAGAGAAUACCUGAGCCUCGAGCUUUAUGUGAACUGUCGUGUGGUUGACUCCGCCCAGCGGCUGCCCCUAUUGGUUGCUCUGCCCAGAGAUGCAGAGCUGGUGGAGAUUCGUAAUGGCCACAAGGCAUACACUCGGAUGCAGGGUUCAGUGGAGUAUCUUAAACUGGCACUAGGAGGCACUGUUGCCCAAGCUGGGGCUAUUACCGACUGCCCCUUUCAGGGAGACGCCUCUUCUUAUAACAUAGUGAAUGGUGAGGUUAAUUCUAUUCUAGGUGACCACACUAAAGCUCUGAUUGGCCAGCUGAUCAUCUUUAAUCAGAUCUUGGGAGAGCUGAGAGAGGACAUCAGAGAACAGGUGAAAGAAAUGUCUCUCAUCAGGAACGCUAUUCUGGAGUGCCAGAUGUGUGGAUUUCAUGAGCCGCGCUCACGCUGUCAGCCCAACCCCUGCUUUAAGGGCGUGGCCUGCAUGGAGACGUUCGAUUUCCCAGGGUACCGCUGUGGCCCCUGUCCGGAGGGCAUGACUGGGAACGGCACACACUGUCAGGAUAUAGAUGAGUGUGCAGAGGCUCAGCCGUGUUAUACACCAGGUGCAUGUAUCAACACAGCAAAAGGUUUCACCUGUGAGCCCUGCCCAGCUGGACUGUGGGGUCCUCCUCUCUCUGGGUUCGGCGUGGAAUAUGCUAAGAGUCACCGUCAGGAAUGCUCUGAUGUCGAUGAAUGUGUUGAUUUGGCCAACGCUUGCACACCCAACUCCAUCUGCAUCAACACUAUUGGAGGAUAUCGAUGCGGUCAGUGCAAGGUUGGAUAUGUUGGGAAUCAGACAGCCGGAUGUUUCCCUCGGAAAUCGUGCGCUUCGCUCAGUUUCAACCCCUGUGACACUAACGCUCACUGCAUCAUUCAGCGGAACGGCGACGUCACUUGCGCUUGUAAUGUCGGAUGGGCUGGUAAUGGUCACACCUGUGGAAAGGACACGGAUAUUGAUGGCUAUCCGGAUCGCUCCUUGCCCUGCAUGGAUAACGACAAGCACUGCAAGCAGGACAACUGCAUCUUCACGCCCAACUCUGGUCAGGAAGAUGCAGAUAAUGAUGGGAUCGGAGACCAGUGUGAUGAGGAUGCAGAUGGAGAUGGAAUAAAGAACGUAGAGGAUAACUGUCGGUUGGUUUCCAAUAAGGAUCAGCAGAACUCUGACACUGAUUCUUUCGGUGACGCGUGUGAUAAUUGUCCCACCGUUCCCAACAUUGACCAGAAAGACACUGACAAUAAUGGAGAGGGAGACGCUUGCGAUGACGACAUCGAUGGAGAUGGAAUCCAGAACGUUCUGGAUAACUGUCCCAAAGUGCCGAACCCAAUGCAGACAGACCGGGACAGAGACGGAGUGGGUGAUGCGUGUGACAGCUGUCCUGAGAUUAGCAACCCCAUGCAGACAGAUGUAGACAACGACCUAGUCGGGGAUGUUUGUGACACCAAUCAAGACACUGAUGGAGACGGACACCAAGACACUCGAGACAACUGCCCCGACAUUCCAAACAGCUCACAGCUCGACUCAGACAAUGACGGCAUCGGAGAUGACUGUGACGAAGACGACGAUAACGACGGGGUUCCAGACAAUUACGCCAUCAAUGGCUUCGGUCCCGAUAACUGCAGACUCAUUUCCAACCCUAACCAGAAAGACUCAGACAGUAAUGGAGUCGGUGACGUUUGUGAGAAUGACUUUGACAAUGAUGCAGUGCUGGAUUUGAUUGACGUGUGUCCAGAAAGUGCUGAAGUCACACUUACAGAUUUCAGAGCCUAUCAAACGGUCAUUCUGGACCCGGAGGGUGACGCUCAGAUCGACCCGAACUGGGUGGUGCUCAAUCAGGGUAUGGAGAUUGUUCAAACCAUGAACAGCGACCCGGGAUUGGCAGUGGGUUAUACAGCGUUUAACGGUGUGGACUUCGAAGGAACAUUUCACGUUAACACAGUGACUGACGAUGACUAUGCUGGCUUCAUCUUUGGCUAUCAGGAUUCGUCUAGUUUCUAUGUGGUGAUGUGGAAGCAGACUGAACAGACGUACUGGCAGUCGAUCCCAUUCAGGGCCAUGGCUGACCCUGGUCUGCAGCUCAAGGCAGUGAAGUCUCGUACAGGCCCGGGCGAGUUCCUUCGUAAUGCACUUUGGCACACGGGGGAUACAGAUGGAGAGGUGAAACUGCUCUGGAAAGACCCACGAAAUGUCGGCUGGCAAGAUAAAACCUCAUACCGGUGGCAGCUCAGCCAUCGGCCACAGGUUGGCUACAUCAGGUGA